AUACAAAAAAAGAAAAAACAAAAAAGAAAAGGAAGAGUCUUGAUUCAUUUUGUGUUCAUAUAUUGGAUUUGUAACAGUCAUUAUUCUACAUGGUUCUUGCAUAGGGAAUUUUUUUUUCUUUUUUUCUUUUUCUCUCUUUUCUUCCUUUACGAAUUUUCUUGCAUAGGAUAUCAUGAGGGAUAUACCCUUUCGGCUUUGAAGGAAGGCGGUGUUUGACUUUGAAGCUGAAAGGGUUUUCUUCUGUUGGUUGAUAUGAGAUGAUAUUUGAAUAGUGUUUGUUAGGUGUUAUUUCAAGAUUGUUUUGAAAAGGGUUUCUUGAUUUAGGGUUUCUAUGUUUCUGUUCUCCUCUCUGAAAAGGGUUUCUUGAUUUUUAAUUUUUUUUUUACAAUCCCAUUUGAUUUAAGAGUCUUCUUGAAAAUGGGAUUUGAUUCGUCUCUUUUCAUAGUUUCGUGGGAUUGGAAAUCCUUCCGGGAUGAACUGUAGUUAGUCAACUGUACCGAAUUCUUGAUUCUGAAGGGAGGGGCAUAGUUGAAAGUUGAAACAAACUUGUGAUAUUCGUUUUUAUUUUUAUUUUUUCGGGGAAAGAAGAAAAGAUGGAUGAAGAGGCUACUUCUUGGAUUAGGCGAACGAAAUUCUCUCACACCAUUUGCCACCGUAUCGACCCUUCAAGAUUGGCCUCGAUUCAGUUCACUAUGACUCCGAAUACAGUUUCUCAUGUCAAAUCCAGACAAGAAUCAACUUCCGCGAAUCCUAGUACGGUUCCGAAUAUUGUCCAAAUUCAGCGAAACCCUUCAACAAACAAGCACAGAGCUGUUUCCCCUUCACCGGUGACAAAACUUUCCGACACUUUUAAAGAAGCCCGUUUCAACCAGAAGAGAUUCUCCACUCCAAACCCGCGUCGAAAUGAGAAAAAAGUACCCGUUUUAACCAAGGCUCAUACUUCGAAAUCUCCAAGUAAAUCCAAUAAAAGUCCACUUAGGCACUUCAGUUCGUUGAGAAUUCCCGAUAAAUCCAAUAAGAGUCAUAAAGAAUCAUGUACGUGGUCAAAGUACUUCGAUCAUGGUGGUGGGAGAGUUACUUCUGUUGAAACUGCAGACGAACAUAUGAUCGAUCUUUCGAAGCUGUUUUUAGGCAUGAGAUUCGCUCAUGGGGCCCACAGCCAGCUGUACCAUGGGAUGUACAUGGAUGAACCAGUUGCAGUCAAGAUUAUCCGACUGCCAGAUGAUGACGAAAAUGGAGCCUUGUCCGCUCGUUUGGAGAAGCACUUUACCAGAGAGGUUAUACUCUUGUCCCGUCUGCAUCAUCCGAAUGUCGUGAAGUUUGUAGCGUCGUGUCGGAAACAUCCAGUGUUCUGCAUCGUAACGGAGUAUCUACCAGAGGGUUCUUUGAGAUCCUACUUGCACAAACUCGAGCACAAGCUUCUUCCAAUGGAGAAAACUUUAUCGAUGGCUUUGGAUAUCGCACGAGGAAUGGAGUACAUCCACUCUCAAGGAGUGAUUCAUAGGGAUCUGAAGCCAGAGAAUAUUCUCAUAACCGACGAUUUUCAUUUAAAAAUUGCGGAUUUCGGUAUUGCUUGUGACGAGGCGUACCGUGAUUUUCUUGCCGAUGAUCCAGGUACUUACCGUUGGAUGGCACCGGAGAUGAUUAGAAGGGGGGACUAUGGUAAGAAAGUUGACGUGUAUGGAUUCGGACUUAUUUUGUGGGAAUUUGUCGCGGGUACGAUUCCGUAUGAUGAUUUGACUCCCAUACAAGCUGCUUAUAAGGUGUUGAAUGAGCAAGCGAGGCCAACUGUGCCUGUGGGGUGCCCCCUUGCGAUGAAAGCGUUAAUCGAGCAAUGUUGGUCAACGCAACCAGAAAAGAGGCCCGAGUUUUGGCAGAUAGUGAAGGUUCUAGAAGAAUUCGAGUCUUCGUUUGCACGUGAUGGAACGUUGACAUUGACAUUGAAUCUGGUGCAGAAUUCGACAUGCAAUGACCAUAAGAAAGGACUGCUUCAUUGGAUUCACAAACUCGGUCCGAGUCAUCACACUUCUUCUUCAUCUAUGCCUAAACCGAAAUUUUCCUGAUUCUUUUCUUUUAGUAUUUUUGCUAGAUUCCGUUGUAAGUAUAAAAGUUUGUAAUAAUCUUUCUUCGUUUUUUUUUUCGUUUGGCUGUAUCAAAAUGUGAAUUGUUAGGUUCUAGGCAAAUGCCGGUGUACACCACAUGCAAUCAUUGUGUUUUGAAUAUGGUUGCAUCUGUUCGUUUUUUUUUUGUUUUUUUUUUUUUUUGUUUCGUGUUUUUGCUUUAUUUCCCACAUAUUGUAAACACACUACAUUGUUCGAUAAUAUAUCACGUUUUUGCUUAA